GCUUCUGUGUGAAUCAUGAAGGACCAGAACUUGAACGACGAGGUGAAAAAGAUCCUGGAAGAAGCUCCGAACGCCAGGAAAGCUCUGCGAGAAAACUAUGACAACCUGCUGAAUGUGGCAGAGUACUGCUACAACAACUAUGCACAGUCAGGUGACGGCAGCAUGAAGGCAUUGGAGGAAACUAAAAACUUUACCACCCAGUCACUGGCCAGCGUCGCCUACCAGAUCAGCACUCUGGCCAAUAGCGUCCUGAGUCUGCUGGAUGCUCAAACCAAUCAACUUCGCCACAUGGAGUCUUCCAUCAACCUGAUUGGUCAGACGGUGGAGAUGCACAAAGAGAAGGUUUGUCGAAGGGAAAUUGGCGCCUUCACAGCGGUCAGACGAGUCCCUCGCAGCCACAAGAUCUUCCCUCCUCAAGGCUCACAGGCCCGCCCACCAUACAGCCGCCGACCAAUCAACUACCAGCAGCUGGACGGCCUGGGCCACGGCAUGAAGGUUUCUGGGAAACAGUCAGACCGAACAGGAACCAUCCGGAAACAGGGAGCCUCCGUCAGGUCCAACAAGCCUGUGGAGGCGGUGCAGUGUCCGGUGGCGCCCCCUGCAGGAGGCUCCAGCUUUGGGAAAGCUGUUGCUCCGCCUACCAUCCCGCCCACCUGGCAGGCUCCACCUGAGUGUGAUAUCAUCACCACGCUGCUGGAUGACACCCCGCCCCCUCCGCCGGCAGACAUUGAGAUCCCGGCUCAGGAUGAUGAGGUCACUAAUAUCUUAGGCCUACCCCCUCCACCUCCUCCUCCAGAUUCAUCAGGAGACAUGGUGGCUCCGCCUCCUCCCCCUCCCCCUCCACCAGUUCCUCCUCCUGCAAUGGGUCUGACCAAUCAGAGUGCUCCGCCCCCAGCUCCACCUCUUAGCCUUGAGACAGUGGUGGAGGAGAACAGCUUCCCCCCUCCCUCGCCUCCUCCCCCUCCUCCCUCUGAUGAUGAUGGAUUCCCUCCGUUGUCCAGUGACGGCUCAGAGCUGCCAGCCCCGCCCCCACCCCCUCCACCCAGCCAGGAAGUGGACGUGACCCUCCCCAACAGGAGGAGUCGCCGCCGCCGCUCCCCCCCCACCACACGCUCUGUGUCUUUAAGGGUCCGCUCAGGCCCCGCCUCCCGCUGCCGCUACACCCGCUCCCUCUUCCUGCCUGCUGUCCAAUCACUCAUGAUCCCCCCUCCCCCGUCUUACCCGCCCCCCCGCACUCCUGCUCGUUCCCCCGCCUCCCCCCUCUCCCUGCUGCCCCCCUCCUCCUCGCCUCGACUCUGCUUACCUGCUCGCCUGCAACACCUGGAUCUGGAGAUUCCAGCCCCGCCCCCCGCUCUCCUAUUGGAUGAUGAAGUGGACUUUGUUGACAUCAUACCGCCCCUUCCUCCACCAGUGGACUAUGACACCAGCGCCCCCCCGGAGUACCUGGAAAAAGUGGUGGCGCUCUACGCCUACGAAGCAUCGAAGCCCGAUGAUCUUUCCCUCGCCGAGGGUGACAUCAUCUAUGUGACUCAUCGCCAUGACGACGGCUGGUGUCAGGGUUUCCUGAAUGGCAAACAGGGAUUCUUUCCCAAUAACUACGUCCAGGCAUGUGACUAGAUGAAGGCCCGCCCCUCUGUCGCCAUAGAGACGUCCCCAUCAGUGUUAUUGAUCCUCUGCCUCAGAAGUAUUAUUAUUAUUAUUACUGCACUGUACUGUAAUAUUACUGUAGUACUACUCGUGAUGCUACUAACCGCUGUGGUACAGUGAAGGCCUCAGCGCUGCCUCCUGUGGGACACUGAACCAAACUACAGCUGAAGCUUCAAACUGAACCUCGGAUGUUCCACUGUGAAAUAAAUGUCCUCUGUUCCUGCAGCCUCUCA